AUGAAGAUUGCAAUCUUGCAAUUCUCGCCGAGACUAGGAGAGGUUGCUGCCAACUUCAGUCGGGCGGAGAGUCUGCUGAUGCGAGAUGAGCGGGAGGGUCUACUCAAGAACGUGGACCUCCUUGUGCUACCAGAACUAGCAUUUACAGGUUACAACCACCCUUCAUUACAAGCCAUUGCCCCAUUCCUCGAGCCAACGGCAGCGGGCCCUUCAACCAAAUGGGCAGCACGGACAGCGAAACGGUUGAAAUGCACUGUGGCCGUGGGAUAUCCGGAAGCCGCUGAAGGGGGCAACUACAACACCAUCUUUGACAGACAUAUCUCGGCCGAAGAUGGCGCCAUCGCGUACAACUCGUUGGUCUUUGUCUCUUCCACUGGGGAUGUCGUGGCUCACUAUCGCAAAUCGUUCCUGUACUACACAGAUGAGACAUGGGCGCAAGAAGGGUCUGGGUUCUGGGCUGGAGUACUUCCGAUUGGCGCCAGUGGUCAGCAGGUCAAGGCUGCCACGGGGAUUUGCAUGGACAUUAACCCUUAUAAAUUCGAGUCGCCAUGGACAGCCUACGAAUUUGGGAAUCACGCGCUCGAAGCCCGCGCAAAGCUUAUAGUCCUCAGCAUGGCAUGGUUGACGAGGCUGAGUGCGGAGGAAGUGUCCGGUCAGGUGAUCCAACCAGAUCAGGCCACUGUGAACUACUGGAUUGACCGACUUAGCCCCCUGUUUGGUGCUCAAGCUGGCGAGGAAGAAGCUAUUGUCGUCUGUGCCAACCGAACAGGAGAGGAAGGAACAGAUCCACGGCUGGGGGAUGUUCGCUAUGCGGGAAGCAGUUGUGUUAUGGGAAUGACCAAAGGAGGACGGGUGAGGAUUUGGGAUAUGCUAGGAAGAGCCCAAGAGGGGAUUUUGCUGGUUGACACCAACGAUCCACCGUUUUAUUCAGUGGAGCUCAAAUCGAGCAUAGAGGAUCCAACUGCUCAAGGCCAAGAGGAUGCAGAAGGAAAUGAGAAGUAA